AAAAGGAUACGAAGUUCAGUCAAGAACUCAACAAGAAGCAAGUGAGAAGAAUUUGUGGAAUUGAAUCUUUUCCAUUAAUUUAUUUGUUCAUACUUCUCUUUUAUUGAGUAGCAUGUGUUAAUAUGGUGCAUUAAGCAGUCUACUCUCAUUGUUUUGUCCAUUAGUGGUGUCAGCACCAAAUUCUUUGUGGCCCAUGCACCUUCCAGUUAUGGAGAAUCACUGGAGGCUGCCCUUUCCAAGGGAUCCAUUUGGAGUUGGUGUGAAUCUUAGUCAAUCUGAAACAGUCUUAAAUCUUCAAUAUGCUAGAUGCUUCCAAAUGAACGCAAAUGGGACUAGUAUGCCCCUAAGUCACAUUCAACCAACUUUAGAGCCUCCAAGUAUUCCACAUGGGGUCCUACCUACACGACAUGUGUAUUAUGAAGCCACUACAAAUAUGAGCCAUGCUUGCCCAGCUAUGAAGCCACAAGCUCUGCCAACAACUAAUCACAAUACACAUGAAACCCCAGUGACGCCAUGCCAGACCCUCUUCCAACACGGAGUGAUCACUCUAAUUAUGCGGCUGCCAUAUGUUGAAAUUGCUUCUCACAACAUUUUCUCACAUGCUGGUGGAAACAAUGGUGUGGUACAUCCUCCUCAGCAAAUGUGUCACCUUUUCCCUGGAAGAAACCCUGUCAUAUCCAUGCCAGGUUCUUUUAAGUCUCCCAUUGAAUGUGUGAGAAAUUUCUCGCACCAUAGAAAUGAAUCAAAUUCUAAUAAUGCUGAUAAGAAACAAUGUGAACUUGACAUUGACCGCAUCAUACAUGAGGAAGACAGCAGAACAAUGCUGAUGAUAAAGAACAUUCCAAACAAGUAUGCCUCAAAGAAUAAAUGCAAUGUGUAUUAUGCAUUCAUCAACAUGAUUGAUCCACAACAGAUUAUUCCAUUCCAUAAGGCAUUCAAUGGCAAAAAAUGGGAAAAGUUCAACAAUGAAAAAGUGGCACCACUUGCAUAUGCUAGGAUUUAUGGAAAAGCUGCUCUUAUUGCCCAUUUCCAGAACUCAAGCUUGAUAAAUGAAGAUAAGCGAUGCCAUCCUAUUCUUUGUCAUUCUGAUGGCCCGAAUGCUGGCGCUCAGCCCUUUCCCAUGGAUACUAACAUUAAUCAAAACCUGGAAAGCCUUGAACAACCAGUCCUUAGAACAAUCGCCAACCCUGAGAACAAUUGCCAAGGUAGCUCUUCAACUUUAGCGAAGAGUGAGGAACCUUCCAGUGAGGUAGACUCUUGGUCAAGUUAUCUCAAGUAUUCUAACUAAGCUAUCUGCCUUACCAGGCACUAAUUGUGGACUAGCCGUUUUGUUAACCCAAAUGCAUUUUGGAACUAUAGUUUCUUGGCCAUUUCAUCUGUUUCUAUGAAAAUUUUUGUAUGAAUGGACGAUAUGAGCAUAGAGAACAGCUUAAAAAUGUUCCCGAGUCUAUGCAUGAUUCCGUGGAUCCUUGCUGUUCUCAGUUUUGUACACUGAUGUCUCAAAAUGUAAUUUCCUUACCUUUUGCUAAGGAGAGAGAGAGAUGUGUCAUAUUAUAAGUAUUCUAGCAAUUGAAUUUUUAAACUCGCUUUUGUUUUUGGUAAAGAAAUGCAAGUUUUUUUCAAUAAUAAAUGUAUAACUCUUUU